AAGCACCAGAAAGCCACGUACCUGAAGCCGGACCGACUGUCAAAAUUGAUCCGCUUGCUUUUUCCUUCCUUCCUCUCCUCUGCCUAAAGUCGUCUGUUGCAGCCUCGAGGUCUCACUCGGGCCCGUGGAUGGCGUCGACUCGUCGGUUCUGCCGCUCCCCCGAUUUACCCGAUUCUCCCUCUGCUUGACCAUGUAUUCCGCCGACACACCACGUCGAAACUCGAGGCGGCGGCCAGAGCUGAACAUCAACACGUCCCCCCAAUCCAACAGGCACCACCGGGACGUCAUCCCGCAGACGCCUCCAUCUCGCAAGCCGCCCGUGUCUGGCAAGCUAAAGCCGACCGCCUCCGCCCGGGCGCUUAGGACGGCCUCCCAGGCGACGAGAGAUGGCCCAGACAUAGAAUCCUUUCUCGACAGCAUUACCCCCGUCGAUCUCUCCAACAAAGAAAAUGACCGUCCCGAACCGUGCCUUCCCAAUUCUCGAGACUCGCACGACCUCUCCCUGCCGCCUCGACAAGUCACCCGAGACUCGCUCGUAGCAAACAUGCUUCUCUCGCUGGACCAGUUCUCAAUGGACCAGUUGCAGUUUGGGGGAUCAUCCAGGCCCACAUACGACGACCCCUCCGGCUAUUCCUCGUUUGGAGGCGAUGACUUUUCCACCUCAAUGACGUACAAUUCAAAAUCCGGCCGGAACAAUGGCCACGGCUACACAUACAGCUCCGACCUGGAGGCAGCAGACGAUUCGAGUAGGAUGUCUAGCCAGCAGUCUCGCGGUCGAAGAAGCAACAGCAGUUCUGGCUUCCAGUCAAGCUUGGGUCGGAUCAAUAGCCUGCGCGAGCCCUCGCAUCAACGAAGCAUACCUGGCACCCCCAGGCCCCUGCACUCUCGGGGAGGAGGCAAGGGGAGCAAGAGCAGCAGCACCAACAGCAUAGACGCCGGUUACGCCCAGGUCUUGGGCAGUCAGCGCUGGGCGGCCCAGGGCUUUGGUAGGUCAUCGAGCUUCGACCGUGUACCGAACAAGCCCUCGCCCAACAAGCCUUCGCCCAACACGCAGUCGCCCUGGCAACUUGAAUUCUCAAACUCCUUCCUGAACGACGAAUACGAUGCUGCUCCAACACCAACGGUCCCCGGCGGGCCGAGGAGGCUUGCAACCGUCCCGUCGCUCCCGGUCCUCCCGCCGCCCCCAGAGCCACCACAGCCAUCUCCUGGCAAAGGGCCCGGUCUCGAGCGGAAACGCAGUACAAGAUCCUCGAGGAGUGCGACUGUCGGGCGGAAGCACGAGUCAAAGAACAUCACCCGCGAUGUACCUCCCCUCCCGACCUUUGACCUGGACUCAGCUCCUGCGCCACAUGUGGGAUACGAGAAGUCCAAAGAGCCUGUGCCCGCCUCGCCAAACAGCGCGUCUCAUCAUACGCUAAGGGAAAAGCCCAGCUUCUUCAGGAGAAUGUUUGGCUCUUCGAAAUCUAACUCGACCAGUCCGCUGCCCCAGUCCUCCUCUUCGCCCUAUGUCUCCUCGCCGUCUAGGGAUGGCUCGGCCAGCAGGUCGCAGCAACACAUACCCUCCCAGAUGAAAUCGCCCUCCGCACCGCCCUCGCGCGAUUCGCACCAUCCGACCACCCCCCAUGUUUUGCAGAAGAAGACAUCGUCCUUCUUUCGCCGGCGGAAAUACUCGCUCACCGAGCCCGAACCGCCUCUCCCCCCGCCCCCGGUUAUAAUACCUCCUGUCACAUUCCCACAGUCGAACGAGAUGCUCUCCCCCAAGCCCGACCCCAGCCCCAUCACGAGCCUGCGCCGCGCCAUGGACCCUUUCUUGAAAGGCAGCCCGACGAGCCCCAAUGCCCUUUCUCCGGGCUUCGCUCCUUUGCCACUCACGCGUGAGCCCACGACUCAAGCGCCUUCCCCCAGGGAGAGCCAGCGGAAGGGCGACGAGGAUCAGCGUAACGUUCGAGGCUUCUCCCCUGACUAUGAGCCAAGCCCCAAGGCGGUGAUACGGGCAGUGGAGGCAGACGGUCCCAUCGAAACCACCCCUGGUCAACAGCCUGUGGACACGCCGACUCGACACCCCCCCGACCCCCCUGGUAUGGGUCGCAGCGGCUCAUUCUUCAACGACAACAGCGACAGCGAGUCAAGUCCCCAACGCCAACAGGUCAAGGAGAGUCGAGACGAGUCGGAUGGCCGGGAGCUGCGUCCAGUCAAUAUGCUAGAUAAGAGGGCUUCAUCUGCGUCAAUGAGAGGCGCGAAGGCUCCAAUGGAUCAAACUGAGGCGAAGGUAACAGUGGCAAAGACUGAGACCCAAGCACCGCCGGACCAGAGUGACACGGGCCGUCGAAGAGGCUCAACCCUUGCCCUCCCAAUCGAGGGCAUCAUGGCCGAUGACAGUCAAAGCGUCUCCAGCUCCAAGCCUGCCGACUGCGAUUCAACCCCCAGGACUGCAGGAGAACUCAAGACAUCCAAAUCCAUUGACGAGCCCGACUUUGUCGUUGGUGACCCGACCGAGGAUGACCGUCAGAAAGCGCAAAGGAUCUAUGACGGAAACGAGGACUUCAUACAGAAGGAGAAGGCGGCGGCAUGGAUGGGCGAAGAAGGGCCCAUUCGCCAACGAACCCUACGGGCCUACAUGGAUCUGUAUGACUUCAAGAACAAGAGCAUCGUCGACAGUCUGAGGCUUGUUUGUGCACGUUUGGUUCUCCGGGCAGAGACCCAACAGGUCGAUCGGAUCCUGGUUGCAUUUGCCACGCAAUGGUGUGACUGCAAUCCCAACCACGGCUUCAAAACGACAGACAUCAUCCACACCAUCUGCUACUCGAUCAUGCUCCUGAAUACUGACCUACACAUGGCCGAUAUCGAGCACAAGAUGACCAGGGGCCAGUUCGUGAAGAACACGAUGACGUCGAUCAGGCACUCGCUCGACGAGUCGGCUCCCCAUGCCCUGGAUCGGCCCUCCAUUUUGACGCCCAAGGGACAGAACCUGGGCGUGGAAGGCGAUCCCCGUACUUCUGCUGACCACGACCGACACAGCAGCUUCCGAUCUUCAUUCAAGCCCCCACCUCGCCCUGACUCCUCCCUGGGUGACGCAUCCACCCAGGCGAAUGGGACAAGCUGCCAGCCCCUGGUCAACGGGCCGUAUGACGGCCCCUUGCGCGGCUGGGAGGUACAGGUCGAGAUUGUGCUGAAGGAUAUUUAUGUCUCGAUUCGCGACGAACGUCUACCGCUGUUUGGCGCAGAGUCGAGCCCGCUCCCCACGCCGGGAGGCUUGUCAGUCAUGGGCAUGCUCAAGCGCACCCCGAGUGUGCUGAGCAAAGCGCCGUCCGAGGGCGUGUCAUCAACGCGUGGAAGGGUAUCCGAGAGCGCCCGGGCAAGCACGUCCAGGUUCUCCAAGAGUCGUUCCCGACAUCGAGCUUUUGGGGGCAACGGGUUCUCGUCAAGCCGAACCAGCUUCGACGACGGCGGGUCGAUCUGGAGCCCGACCGAGUCCUCGGCAACCUGGAGUCGCGCAUCUCUCGGGCGGACUCACACGUCCAUGUCGAUGGACUCGUUCGGCUCUGCACAUCCCCGCGGCGAUUACCAGCAAUCCAUCGGCUUCGCCAAUGCUCUCAGCCAGGCAAUCAUCCGCGAAGACAACCCUGCCGGCUCGUCCUCCGUCCUUUCCGACGAGGUCAAGGCCGUCCAGUUGUUGGAGGACGAGUCGCUCGAACUCGCGGGGCCGCCGUGGGUCAAGGAAGGCAUGAUCAUCCAUAAGCACCACCUCGACGGCAUGGAUAGGAAAGCAAAGGACCGCAACUGGUCUGAGGUCUUCGCUGUUGUCCAAAAGGGACAGAUGGGCCUCUUCUCAUUCACGCCCAACAAGUCUCUUCGCAACAAGAGCCGGUCGCGACUGCAUGGUGGGGCACUACCCAAGGGUGCUGUCGUGGGCGGCGGUAAUUGGCAGGAGAAUGCCACCAAUCUGGGCACCUUCUCUCUGCGCCAGGCACUGGCCUCCGCCCUGCCGACGCCCGGUUAUUCUCGGCAGCGGCCUCAUGUCUGGGCUCUCUCCCUGCCGACCGGAGCUGUCCACCUCUUCCAGGUCGGCACGCCGGAGAUCAGCAAGGAGUUCGUCAGCACGGCGAAUUAUUGGAGCGCUCGGCUGAGCACGCACCCGCUCGUUGGGGGCAUCUCCAACAUCGAAUACGGGUGGAGCGAGGCCAUCGUCAACAACGCGCUCGUGGCGGCGAUCAAUGAGAGCUCGGGAAAUCUCAGCGGGCGGCCGGAGACCGGAAGGAGCAGCCUGAAGGGCCACUCGCGAUCGGGCAGCGCGACAAACGCGGGCUCGGUGGGGAUGGCCAUCAGGACGUCGCUCCAGAGCCGCGGAAGCAUCCGGUCGGGCAGCUUCGACUUUGGGCGGCCGAGCAGCGGCAGCAGCGGGGCGCUGGGCAGCAUGGGGAUGGCGCCCGGGUCGGGGUCGCGGCACGCCAAGCUCCCCGGCGACAGGGUGCACAUCGCCGAGUGGGCGCCGCCGACGCAGAGCAUGCGGCCCAGCAACCUGGGGGAGCGCGAGCAGCUCGAGACGCUGAUGGGCUACGUCAGGGGCAUAGAGGAGGAGCUGCAGGCGCACAACGCGCUGCGCAGCCCCAUGCUCCUCGCCUUCACGCCGCGGAGCGCCAACCACGGCAAGGCCAUGGCCAACUGGCAGCGCAAGAGCGAGUAUCUGCUCCGCGAGAUCGUCAAGUUCAGGACCUACGUCGACGCGCUACGGGCCGCCGACGGCCGCAAGACGGAGAUCUACCACGAGAGGGAGACGGCGAGGCGCGCCGCCAGGGGCGAGGAGGUGGCCACCCUCGCCAGCGACCGCAGUAGCUUGGACGGGGGCGAGGCGAACGCGGAUGCGGACGCGGGUGAUGGUGAGGGCACCGAAGGCGACGAGACUCUCCGACCCCAGUAGUGACUCUGGUCGUGAUUCUUUUCUCUCUUUCCAUGUAACAAACUUUUGUCGGCACAACUUUUCUGGUCAUCGAUCGACGUGGACGGCGAGGCGAUCAAAGUACGGGAGGAGGGGAAACCAUGUCAUGGGAGUUGGUGCAUGGGCGGGUGAAACUGGCAAGAGGCGUUUGCUUCGACGCGCAACAAACACACGCACACUACAGUCACAGGCGCACACAUACACGCUCGCACGCACCCAUGCACGCGUACACACACGCACAUGACGGUGUAGAUUAUUGGUUGUUUUUAUACGAGCUGGAGCGGACUUGCACGCGUUGCCUUGCUUUUUCUUGAUACCCGACAGCUGUUUAUAAUGAAUCUAUCUUCUCUCUCUGGAUCUUUCAGGCUAUCGUGCUAUCCCCCGCAAGUGAAGUAAGGGCUUGAUGCUUAUGCGAGGUCGGAUACGUUAA